AUGUCAGGUAUUCCCAUGACAGUGACGGCUAUCGCGGCCUUCCCAACUCGUGCACCGUUCAUGGGUAAUGUUUCUUCUUUGGCACCUUUCACCAAUUCGACAGCUGGUCGUCACCUGUUUCAUCCUCCGGACGACUUGGUGGUGAUAUCUGCUCGACGUGUCAACUCGAUUCUUCCCUCCUUGAUCACAGCAUCUAUGGCACUUGGCCUCGUCGUUUCAGACUGGUCGAUUCAUCUGCCAUGGGAAUGGAAGCUUCUCACCAGACGCAAAAAGUGGAAGCUCUCGCACAUUGCCUACUUUGCAUCGCGCAUCGGUGGACUUGGCUACGCGAUCACCGCCCUCCUUCACUCAACGGUAGGCAACGUGGCAGGAGGACCUGUAGAACUUGGUGCAGCGAGGUGGGACUAUGCCAAUUUUGCUUGUCAGGCCGAUCGUCGCGCGAGCAUCUUUUUCUCGCUCCUUUCCAUCGGCGGCAGCACCGGUAUCCUCCUGCUUCGCUGCCUUGCUCUCUAUCGCUUUCACAUUGUCGCCGUGAUCUCGCUCGGGCUGUUGUGGCUAGCGACGCCCGCGUUUCUCAUGGUCAACAUCUUUGUGCUCGGCAGUCAGAGCAGACGAAACGGCAUCAGCGCAUGCGACCCCAGUCCUCCGCGUAAGCUGGGCAGCAACCCGAUCAUCUACAUGAUGCCCUGGUUCUUUCUGCCCGUGUUUGACUCGACCAUCUUGGUGCUCUCACUGAUUGGUCUUCGACGUGCUUCGCAUCGACGACGCAGCUCGCCCCUCGAACGCAUGUUUCGCAAGGACAACAUUUUUUACUACGCCAUUGUCUUUCUGUGCGUCAUUCCGAUCCCGAUCUGGUACGUCUGCCAGCAGCGCGACGGAAGGAUGAUGCCGUAUCUCAACCUUUACAUUGGACUCUCUAGCAUUUUGUCGUGCCGCAUGUUUAUUAACCUGUGGAAGGCGAUUGGCAGGGAGUUGGCGUUGGCACAUACGUUUAGCAGCAACGUGCACGAUCAGUAUCGCAUCGACACGACCAGUAUGGAGCAGGCCACCGCAGGUUUGGUGGCUUCGCACGUCAGUCUGCCCACCUCUGCAGCGAAUCCACUGCAGCCAUGCGGGGCUGAAUCGAUAACAAAGCUUCCUUCUCGCGCCGAAAGCAGCACGAAUGGUGUUGGUGUCUUGGCAGUCAGCGAAAAGGCACGAUCGUCGCCUACCACCUUGGAUGUCAAGACGAGCUUGGUCGACUCGGAUGUAGUCUCGACUACACAGAGUGUCUACGAGACAAGGCUACGCAGGAUCGUACCAGAUUGGACCGAUGUAGACCCCAACCUCGCUUUCAGCUUGAACGGCGAUUUUUACGGUGAUGCCAACUCGAUAUCGUACGAUUACCAGUCGAGAGGCAUGCACUCGACACCGUAG